AUUUUCCCCAUUUGGCCGAAACAAGGGAGAGGAAAAGGAGGGAAUUUUCUUCAUCUUCAACCUCAAGUCUUAAGAACUCCAUAACCAAUCCUUCUUCACAUCUUCAUCAAAGAUUCGGGUUUCAAGAAGGAAUUGGGGAAAAUCCACCAAAAGCAUCUUUAAGACAAUAUUAAUUACUUUGGAGUAAAAUGCCUCCUAGGCGAAACGUACCUGCUGGGGAUAGCAGCGAUGUCUCGGCAAUGGACCGUAUGGCUAUGGCAAUGGAACAGAUGGCUGAGUUCAUGAUGGCUCAGCAAGCUCAUAAUCAAGCCCCAGUGCAACCACGGGUUGAUGUUACUAAAGCUAUAGCAGCUAGACAACCACCGUUCUAUGCAGGGGAGGAAGACCCGGUGAUCCUUGAAGAAUGGAUCCGAACCUUUGACAAACUGCUAAACGCUGUGAAUUGUCCCGAGGAGCAGCGGGUGUCUUCUGCAGUAUACUACCUGACCAAAGCUGCGGAUGAUUGGUGGUCAAUGGUGGGACCAGAUCUUCUGCAAGGCCCAGAGUUUGGCUGGGAAGAGUUCAAAACGGAAUUAAGAGGUCAAUUCUAUACCGAACGAAUUAAGGGCAUCAAGUGUGAAGAAUUCUUGCGGUUGAAACAACAGGGAACAACGGUGCAAGAUUAUCAUGGUAAGUAUGUGGAGUUGAUGAGAUUUGCGCAAGAUAUCGUACCCGAUGAGGCAAGCAAGGCGAGGCGAUUUGUAAGGGGGUUAGAUUGGGGAGUGAGAAGUGCAAUCGCACCAUUUAUGUGCUCUACUCUCAGGGAAGCAUACAACAGAGCAUCGGAUCAUUAUCAAGUGUAUUUAGAUCAGCAAGAAGUCUAUGGUCGGAAAAAGAGAAAAGCUGAUGAUAGGUCAGGAACAUCUAAGGGGGAGAGUCAGAAGCCUACCCAAUCAGGAUCCUACUCAAGGCAGGUAGGAAGGAGGGAAGGAGCAAGUCAAGGGAAACAAUUUAAUUGUCGAAGGUGUGGACGAAAUCAUCCUGGGGAAAAUUGCCAAGGAAUGAGGAUCAGGUGCUACAAGUGCGGUCUCUUAGGACACAAAGCCAACGAGUGCCAAUCCAGGGUAGAUAAUUCCCGGACGAACUCACAGAAUAACAGUCCAGGGAGAGGAUUCAAUGGGAGGAACAACCAAAAACCCACCGAGACUGGAAGCAAGGGAUCUAACACGCCACAAGUCAAUAGGGGCAGACCAUUAAAUAUCUCUGCAGGUCCCAGCAACAAAGGAAAAGCACCAGUGGAAGAAAGCAGCACGGGGAACCAAGGCCGAAUUUACGUCGUCAACCACACGCAAGCUCAAACUGGCGACGUUGUAACUGAUGGAGUUCAGCGUUAGUUCUUGCAGUCCGACGAACUCCCCUAGUUCGUCGGAAGGUGUAGGUCGUGGCAUGGACUACGACGUUUUUGUACAGCAGAUGAGUGGCGCCGACCCUUAUGCGCCUGGCUAUGCUCCUAUAGCUCCCAAUAGCUCACCGGCAGUAAAUAGUGUUCUUCCUAUUCCUGAGGGUCCUGACGUACAGGCCACUUUUGGUUUUUACCCCAUCGAGGUGCUGGUAGGAAGUAACCCCCUAGAGUUUAUAGUUUAUUAUCCUUACCCUUGGGACCCGAGUCCUCCCGAGAGUUGGGAGGAGUGGUCUAUGGUCAUAGUCGCUUCCCGGUUCCUAGACCAUAUCACAUGGUACGAAGGGGAAUGGCAUCUUGUCUGGGGUGAGUUUACGGGUCCGACGUAUCUCCAGAUCGUGUAAGCAGGAUGCACAGAAGGUCUGUAGGGGUUUAUUCCUUUUGUGUAAAUAUAUUUUGUAGCCAGGGGAGUGACUGAUCUUGGUUAGUGGGGACAUGUAGGGCUUUAAACUUAUGUUGGCCGUUAGGCAAAAUUUCCGGUACUUACUUUGUAAAUAUUUAUAUAUAUAUAUAUAUAUCUUGUAUGUUAUUUCAAAA